AUGUGUCCACUUGAAUAUCGUAUUAUUGAUCCAAAUCAUUCAUUUUGUUCCGAACCAUUUCCAAAUGUUGUUGAUCAACGCAUUACUUUAUCUGAACGUGCAUAUAUUGUCAACAUGCAUAAUUAUGAACGACGUCGUGCGUAUGGUACUAAUGUCGAAAAAAUGUAUUGGAAUGAUGAUUUAGCUGAAAUUGCUCUUCGUCAUGCUCGUACAUGUAUAUUUGAGCAUGAUAAAAUCAAUCAACGAAGUGUACCAAAAAUUCCUUUAUCAACGGGACAAAAUCUCGCUAUGGGUUAUGAAAAUUGGAUAGAAGUUAUAGAAGGAUGGAGUGAAGAAAAAGAAUUUUAUUACCAUACUUUUCCAUCAACAAAUAUGUUCAGUCAUUACACACAAAUGAUUUGGCAUUCAUCAGCAUUAAUUGGUUGUGCAGCAACGAUCUGUCCUCCAUUCGGAACACACAAUAUUACAUGGCGUUUUUUUGUUUGUAAUUAUAUCACAGGCAAUUAUCAUGAAGCAUUCAAACAAAAUUGCCAAGGUAAAGUUUGCCUGUAUAAUGGUACUCUUGAUUUAAAUACAUGCAAAUGUCAAUGUUCUGCAUAUGCAAGUGGUUCACAAUGUGAAAAAUUAAAUUGUUCAAUAUUACCUUCAUGUCCAUAUCAUUCAUCGGUAUCUUGUCUAGCUGUUGAUGUUCCAUUAGAAUGUCCUCGUCUUUGUGGUCUAUGUGAUCGAUAUGAAGUAUUAAAACAUGUCACACAAUUUAAUUCAACAUCGACUACCAAUACGACAUUGCCCAUGAUCGUUUUAUCAACAUCAUCAACGCGAUAUUCAUCUUAUCAUAUGAUUUUAUAUAUAUUUAUUAAAUAUUUAUUUUUUGCAUAA